GCAGCCAGAUGAAGGGAGACAGGCGGUGGUAACACCCAAGGCAGAGGGAAUAUAAAAGCUUUGAGUUCGUUUGCAAGCAGUGGGAAGCAGAAUUGCUUCCGAUUGUUCACCCUGUUGGAAUGACUCAGGCACCAAGCAAUUUUCCUCCAUUCUCUUCUUCCCAUGGAAGCUGAAUUUAGUUCAUUUUGAUUAUGCUCUAAUUUCUGCCUACCAGCAACCUGUCCCUACUCCCCUUCUUCCCACCCAACCCUUUAAUUAUCUAGAUGGAAGGUACAUCUUCAUUAUACCCCCGCCAUUGGCAGCCCAGCUCCGUGGAGGCUCUGAAGAGCUGCUUUUCUAGCAAGGGGAAUUAGUAUACAGCUCUGCAUACCUCUGAAUCAUAAUAAUAAUGCUUAGUGCAUAUAUAAUGCCUCUCGUCUUCUUAAGUGCCGCGCAGACAUUAAAUGUAAUUAAGCCUCACAACAUCCCUUUGAGGCAGGUUAAGAGGAGCACGGAAAAUUGGAGAGAGAUCAGGGAGCAAGAGGCUGGCUUCGGCGGAAAGAUUAAAAGAGCCGAACGCGUCUCGCUGGACUCGGCGUGGCGGACAGGAGGGGGUGGUGGCCAUCAGCGGUGGCCAGGGGCUGCGUGUGCCGAGUUCCCACGAACAUGCUCCAUUUCCAAAAGCAGGUCAGCUUGACCACGGUCGUUCCCCUGAAGCUCUCAGUGAGAGGCAACACUUCAGUGAUCAAAGCAGACUUUGCAGGUUCACAGCUUCCAGGGACAGCGAGGUCUUUGCUAUGACUGCAGCACAAUGUCUCUCCACCCAUAGCCAGGACAUCUCCCUCGAAGAAACACCUGGGGUCUCCUCUCUGCACUACAUGCCCUCAGCUCAGGGACGUCAUGGGGAGCGUCAGUAGCCUCAUCUCUGGCCACAGCUUCCACAGCAAGCACUGCCGGGCUUCCCAGUACAAGCUCCGCAAGUCCUCCCACCUGAAGAAGCUGAACAGGUACUCAGACGGGCUUCUGCGCUUCGGCUUCUCCCAGGACUCCAGCCACAACAAGUCCAGCUCCAAAGGCAACAAGAAUGAGGACUUCUUUUACAUCAAGGUCAGCCAGAAAGCCCACGCCACCCACCGGACGGACUAUACCUCAUUGUCCAGCGGGGACCAGGCCGGCGCGACUGGUAUGGACUAUGGCAGCCACACGCCACAGAAACUGAUGCCGUUUUCCAAUCAGCUGGAACUGGGUGCAGAGAAGAGUGCUUCCAGGCCCACCGCCUUCAAGCCAGUGAUCCCCCGGUCAGGUGCCAUCCUCCAUUCCUCUCCAGAAAAUGGCAGUCACAUCUCUCAACAGCUGCAUCCUCCAGAAAAAGCCAAGGACCAAGAACUCAAGCCCACGUUGUGCUCUGGAGCUUUGUCCGACUCUGGAAGAAACUCUAUGUCCAGCCUCCCGACCCAUAGUACCAGCAGCAGUUAUCAGCUGGAUCCCCUGGUCACCCCCGUGGGGCCCAUCAGCCGCUUUGGAGGCUCAGCCCACAACAUCACCCAGUGCUCCAUCAUCCAAGAUAGCAACAUGAUGAGCCUCAAGGCCAUGUCCUUUUCAGACAGUGGCAACAAAAUCAUCAACCCUGGGAAAGCUGCUCACCACGCCUCAGAGAAAGCCUCCUGCAUCCGGUCCCCUAUCUCCACCGACGAGUCCACCAUCCAAGAGCUGGAGCAGAAGCUGCUGGAGAGGGAAGGGGAGCUUCAGGAGCUCCAGUCCAGCUUUGAAGAGAAAGAAGUCACCUCCUGCCAGGUCUACGAAGAGAAGCAGAGGCGCUGCAAGGAGGAGAUGGACGGGCUGAAGCAGAAGUGCAACAGCAAGCUCAAGCAGACCAACCAGAAGACGCAGCGGACGCAGCAGGUCCUGCACCUCCAAGUGUUCCAGCUGCAGCAGGAGAAGCAGCAGCUGCGUGACGAGCUGGAAAAGCUCAUGAAGGAGCAAAACUUGCUGGAGACCAGGCUGAGAUCCUAUGAGAAGGAGAAGACCAACUUUGCCCCAGCACUGGAGGAAACCCAGUGGGAGGUCUGCCAGAAGUCUGGUGAAAUCUCCCUCCUGAAGCAGCAGUUGAAAGAGUCUCAGACAGAGCUCAAUGCCAAGACCAGUGAGAUCCUGAGUCUGAAAGCCCAGCUGAAGGAUGUGAGAGGGAAAAUGGAUGGGGUGGAGAUGAAAACCCAGAGCAUGGAGGAUUCUUUGCACACGAAGACCAUGGAGCUGGAGGUGUGCGAGAACGAGCUCCAGCGCAAGAAGAACGAGUCAGAGCUGCUAAGGGAGAAGGUGAACCUACUGGAGCAGGAGAUUGUGGACCUCCGGACAGAGCUGACCAUCCUCAAGGAGCAGUGGAAGGAAGGGAGGGACAGGGCAGCCCCUGUCAACCCGGCCAGCGGGAAAAUGGAGGACGUCCAAGCCCUUCAGGGGGACUUGGAGAGGCUGAAGGCAGAGCUCAAGGCAGAGCGAGACAACAACGAGCAGAUGACCUCAAGUUUCCAGCAUGAGCGGCAGGUCUGGAAGGAGGAGAAGGAGAAGGUGAUCCAGUACCAGAAGCAGCUGCAACAGAGCUACCUGCACAUGUACAAGAGGAACCAGAACCUGGAGAAGAUGCUCCAGCAGCUGGCCACAGGGGAGGAUGGCAAAGAGCCCAUCGACCUGGACAUCCACGGCGCUGACGUCCCCUAUGAAGACAUCAUUGCCACUGAGAUCUGAGCAGGCCUGCUCCCUCUCCCUCCACAUCUGGGCAGUGGGGAGGGAGGCCUCUCUCAGGCGAGGACGGAGGAGUACAUCCUGGCAGCUCAACCCGUGCCAGGUGGCCCGUGUAAAGUUCAGAUGAGCUGUGUGUGUCUUAGCCGAGCCGACUGCCCAGCCAGCUCGUGAGCCCCCAGUGUUGCGCCAGGACGGUGCCCCAGCUGCCUGUCGUGUUGCAGAGGUGAAAAAGCCGUGUGUGCCAAUGGUGACGUGCCCAUCAUCUGCUCCUCGUGUCCGAUGCAUCCUUUGCAAGGUGCUCGCUGCCCUUGCUCGUAGGACUGAGAAGCGGGAAAGGGGUUGGGGGGGGGGAGGGGAACGGGACUUUAGCAAACAACUCUUCUAUCAGGGAAUUAUAUACAUGACACUGGCCAAAAAUUCCCAGGAGUCCGGAGGGACCACUGGGUCAGUGACUUGAAGGAAACCAGCCUCCUUUCAGCAAAUAAUACGCACACUGGUCCAGCCCCUGGAACAGGGAGACUAGGGACACCGCCACUCUUCCUCCUGUGCACUACAGGAAACGAUUAAUGCCCCCCUUUAGCCAUUGAACCCUGGCCCAAGGCCUGGGGAACAUGCAAAGCUGCUCUAAAACAUUCAUCUUCCUCCAAUUGAUCCUGGUUUCUCACAUCUGCAAGCUUUUAUCCCACCAGAGACCUGUGGAAGCCUUCCAGGCUCCAGUUGCUAAUGGCUGAGCAGGUCUUUGCCAUGCCGGCGACUUGGAUUCGAAUCUUGCCCAGCUUUCUUUUUCAUUCGAUUAACACAGAGUGCCUCAAGAACGGCCAGCUUUCGGCUAGUUCAGGCCCCGGGAUAAGCAGGCUUGAUGUGAGCCCAUCCAUCCGCUGGGCUGGUGUGAUAAUGGUUGGCGUGUGCAGGUGAGGGAAGAGGGAUUAGAGGAUCCCGUCUGGUGUUUGGGAGGCAAACGGCUGAGGAUUGAUACCAGGUGCACCAGAAAACAAGUCCCAAGGGCCACCAGGAGAAGUCGACUGCCCUGAAGGGCGCAUCUGGGCUCACGAGCUCCCCUUGCCCAGGCCACUUCAGAGCAAUGAAAUCCAGGCUCCUGGAGCCAGUCAGGAUAAAGGACAGGAGCUGCACAAAAAGUUGAAAAAUUCAAAGGAAUUUGGAAAAGGAAACCCUAACGUGUGCGUGAGCAAUGCUUUGCAAACACUUUUCCUGAAAACUGUUUGGUGUCCAAAAAGCUAAGCCGAUAACAAUUGUCAGGUUUUGGCUUUUGAGGCCUUGUC